ACGCUGGCAGUGGCCAUGGAGGCGGCGGCGGGGGUGGUCACGGCUGUGGAGGCGUCCGCGGCCGGGGAGGCCUCGGAGGGCGCCACGGCCAUGGAGACGUCGGCGGCCGGGGAGGCCUCGGAGGAGGCCACGGCCAUGGAGGCGUCGGCAUCGGCGGCCGCGGAGGCGAAGGGCAUGGAGGCGAAGCUGUAUCAGAUUGCAUUAUGGCUAAAGAAAAUGUAUGGGAAUCAGCCUAUUCCACGGUACAAAGUGAAUGCGAGGACAACUGAUGUCUUGUAUGAGCUUGUAAAACACAAGGAAGCCAAGGACAGGGACAUGGCUUUGGUGGCAGCGGAGCUGAAGCACAAGGCUAAAGAAUAUGAAGCACAAGCUAAUUAUCUACGGGGCAUUCUCUUAGAAAGCCUGCAUAUUUCCGCGGGCAGUACGUCCAGGAAAGCCUUUGGCUCUGUCAAUGACCUGGUAAGGAGCACAAUGACACUUGGAACGAAGGACACUUCUCUUAUCAGCUUAUUCUGUGCCAUCAGUGAUAUGACUUCAGACCUGUAUGCAACAGAAGCAAAAAACAUAGAAAUGCAACAGGAAUUGAUCAAGAUUGGGAGAAAUCUAACUGCAGCAUUGGCGCUGGAAAAGCGGUUACAGGACGAUCUUACAGAAACAGAGAAACUUCUGGAACAAGAAUGGUUUGUGCUUGACUGGAAAUCCAAGGACUCGAAGUUCCUGAGGAAGAAAUCUGAGGAAUUAAAAUAUCGGAUCAAGGCUGCUAAGGAGCAGCUUCUUGCCGCAGGCUUGGACAGAUCACUGACACACGAGUCGCUCGUGAUCCUGUCUGAGGAACUCACUGAACUGCAGAAAGAAAUUGUGCCUUUGAAGGAGAAACUGGAGAGCUACCUAGGUUUACCUCCUAACAUUUAUGCUGCAACAGUGAAGAUUGAAGAAGCAAAACGGGAACUGGGUGUCUUGGAUGCAGAGUUCUCAAAGGAGCUUGAUCUGCUGACUUUUGACCUGCCAGGGUCCAGCAGAUUCGGUUUCAAAUGAAGUGGCCUGCGUGGAAGAAGAUUUCUCUUCUACUGUCUGUUUAUUUGCACUAGAAAAACACUUUGGAAUUCUUGCUGUACGUCUGCAGCUUUCUGUCUUACUCUUCUUGGUGUUGGGUGGCACACUUGUGACCUUCCAGCAAGCAGGCUCAUUUGUUCGUGUAGCCUUGCAUCUGUAAACUUCACCUAUUUUUCAUAAGGUAACCUCAAACUUACUGCCUUCUUUAUCAGUUCUUUUUCCACAUGUGAUAUGCACUUGUAACUGGCCUCUAGGUGGCACCUUCACAAGAUGUUCCUGGCGGGAUUUGGUUGACAAUUACCACUUAGAAUUGAACUGA